AUACACUCCUGCGUUGUAUUUUGCAACAGUUGUUUACACAACAAAUUCAUUGAUACGGUAGACUUUAUAAGCGUUUUAUUGUGGAACAGUUAGCUUGAUUUUUAUACUGAGAGUGUAAAAAAGAAAAUGCAGGGAUCUACACAGGAGAAUGACGAAAACGAAAUAGCAAGAGUGAGGAGGCGAUAUAUGAUACUGUUCGUUGUCAAAUGCCUGCUGGGUAUUCUACUACUUAUACUUGGCGGUGUAGCCGUAAAAUAUACUAAGGGACAGAAGGACACAUUUGGUCCUCCGUAUUUUGUUGGAGCCUUUAUCGUUGGAUGCGCAAUGAUCCUAGCAAGCCUGAUGGAUUUUUUCAUGUACCGAAAGUUCACCUCCAACGACUCGGCCAUACUGCAAAGUUUAUCACAAUAUGCUUGCAUUGAAGUUAUCCUUACUGUUAUUACAAUUAUUGGCGGAGUUAUUGGCAUCUUCUUCGUAUCAAUAUUUGGUGUUCCGAAGUGUGACCCUUCAGAUUUCUUCAGCCACUGUAAUUAUACAGCCAACCGGUAUACAAAUCAAUGCCUUGCAAUAGGCAUCCUAACAUCUCUUCUAGUUAGUGAAAUAAUAGCAGUUGGAAGCAUCGUGAUACACUAUCGUAGUUGUAAAGGUCUCGCUCCGUACAAUAUGCUGAAAGCUAGGCAGCGAAGACUUGAUCCUCCUUAUAAUUUUUAUGUUGCGGGAGGGGUUGGAAAUGUUGUCAUGACAACAGCUCCUGAACCGAGACCUUUAGCUGGUGGUUUUGGUGCUAAUCGUAACUACGAUAGUUAUAGUGCAGACACACAAAUUACAAUUGAUGGUAACGUUAUAGAUAAAAAUAGGGGCGGGUUUUCUGGAGCCAUCAUACACCCACCAGAGAAUGCUAGUGUUGUACAUCCACCAGUGGGGUAUUCUCAGUACCCGAGUGUGACCAACCAAAAUACGCUGUAUUAUCAUGAAGGUCAAGGCAGUACCUCAGGAGCAUCUGUACAUCAAUUACAAGAACAGAAUAGAUUACUAAGGGAGCAGAUUGCGCUACAACAACAACUUCAUUUAAUGCAGCAACAGCAACAGCAGCAGCCACAACAACAAAGUGCAUUGUCAACAUCACUGCCGCCGCCGCCUCCGAGUUAUGAAUCUUGCAUGCAAGAUCCAGGCCAGAUGAAGUUCCUUCAAGAGCAAAAUGAAGAAUUACAAAAUAGAUACCAGAGUCAACAACAACAAUUAACGAAAGAGGUACCGUUUUCUAGUGACAGAAACACCACACCUUCAGCUCCGCCUAUGUGACACUUCCUGCAUUCAGCACGACUGUAUGAAUGUGACAUAUUAAGCGACCUGUAUGAAAGUGACACAUUACGCGACAUGUAUGAAAGUGACAUAUUACGCGACCUGUGUGAAAGCUAACUGUGGACGUUAGAGUCAGGACUUCAGUUUAUCAGAAAGAUUUAAACAUACUCUCAGAGUAGAAACAGGUAGCUAUGGUAGAUGCAGUGACUUGUAAAAGAGUCUCUAUUUCGGAUCCAUCUUAAAACCCGGAAAGGAACAAUGUAAAGUUGCAAAACAAGAAAGGCCGACAAAGAAGAUGAACAUCAGUUGUGAUAAUGUCUAAAAUACUCUAUAGUGCAUGUCGAUAACAUUACAUCCCUAUGACUUAUAUAAAAUUCUAGUAUGUUGGCGUUUAUUGCACUAUUACA